AUGUCGAACAUGUCGAACAUCUCGAAGGACCUGGAAAGCGCGGGAGUCUCGAUCAACACCUUCCUCGCGUCGUUAGCGACGGCGAUCGUUGUCUUUGCCGUCGAAUUCAUCCUAUUUAUGCUGCUGAAAGGAAAACUGACCCGCAUCUAUCAACCCAGGACAUAUUUGGUCCCCGACAGAGAACGUACCGAGCCGUCCCCAUCGGGCUCUUUCGAUGGGUCGUUCCCGUCUUCCGUACCUCCAGCUCCCGAGUUUAUCCAGAAAUGCGGUCUCGACGCCUACUUCUUUCUGCGAUACCUACGCAUGCUUCUCAAAAUCUUCCUACCUCUGGCUUUGCUGAUCCUACCCAUCCUUCUUCCCCUCAACCAAGCACUCCAUCGCUAUUGGGGCCAUCUGGUCAUCGCCGUCAUUGUCGUCGUCUAUGUCUGUGCCGUGUUCUUCGACGAGCUGCGGGGCUAUAUCCGUCUACGCCAGGCUUACCUGACAUCUCCUCAACACCGACUCCGUGCAUCGGCGACCACGGUUCUAGUAACCGCCAUCCCGGAACGCUGGCUGUCGGUGGACGCCCUCGAUUCACUCUACGAUGUCUUCCCCGGUGGGAUCCGCAACAUUUGGAUCAACCGGAAUUUCGAUGAUUUGAAUGAAAAGGUGAAGGAACGGGAUGCCCUGGCUUUGAGACUCGAAGCCGCUGAGACCGAACUGGUAAUCAAAUGCAAAAGAGCCCAGUUGAAACAGGCCAAGGCGGCGGCGAAAAAGGAGGGGAAAAGUGCGGCUGAGGUCCAGAAAAAGGAAAAAGAGGCCGCGGAUCGAAAAGCAUCCCGUCUCGCCAUGGAGGCUGGUAUCAGCUCCGGUGAUCCACACCAAGCCCACACCCUCAACGAGUUGGUCACGGGUGGGAUACCUCGGGAAAUCCGUUCUUGGGGGGUCAAAAAGACUGAUGGGACCUUGGCGGCUCAGAAGGCGCCCAGGGGCGGGCUCAUAGCUCCCCCCCACCCUCAAGAAGGGUCGAAUAAUAAGGAUCGGCGCAAGUCGCGCUCAUGGCCGGAUACAAUGGCGGAUGACAUGGAUCCGUUUCAAAACAACGAACGGGAUGACCGACCCAGCACUUCGGCGACGCCGCCAAACACAAAAUCCAGGCCGCCCUUGUGGAAGACCCGGCCCUCAAAUCAUUCGAGAAAGUAUCUGAAAGACAAGGACCGCGAGACCAUGCGCCUGCCCGUAUUCGGAAUCAGCUGGAUGCCCUCCCUCUGGCUCAUGGGAAAGAAAGUGGACACCAUCGACCACUGCCGAAAGGAGCUCGCUCGUCUGAAUUUGGAAAUCGAGAUCGACCAACAGAACCCCGAAAAGUUUCCCCUGAUGAACUCAGCCUUUAUCCAGUUCAACCACCAGGUAGCGGCACAUAUGGCGUGCCAGGCCGUCAGCCACCACACGCCUAAACAGAUGGCGCCCCGGAUCGUGGAGAUCUCGCCGGACGACGUCAUCUGGGACAACAUGUCACUCAGGUGGUGGGAGCGUUAUCUGCGAACCUUCGGCAUCCUCACACUCGAUGCUUUCACCUGGCUCGCUUGGCUUGCCACCUUACCCAACUGGCUGGUCUCUGCCAUUCAAGGUAUCCUGCCUGCCCUCUUUCUCGCAAUCCUGAUGGCGUUGCUACCUCUCAUGCUGCGUUUUCUGUGUCGCGCGCAAGGCCUUCACACCGGCAUGGGUGUGGAACUCACGGUCCAGAACUACUACUUCGCGUUUAUUUUUUCCACAAUCAUCAACAACGUGACCAACGUCACUUCGUGGCCGGAGCUCUUGGCUCAGAACAUUCCCCUGUCCAGCAACUAUUUCUUCUCGUACAUGAUCCUGCAGGCCAUGUCGGUGAGCGCGGGUGCGCUGGUGCAGAUUGUCAACCUGGUGAGCUGGUUCAUCUUCGGGCCGAUGUUUGACUCCACCGCCAGGACGAAGUGGGCCCGAACCACCAACUUGAACCAGAUGCAGUGGGGGACCUUCUUCCCGGUCUACACGACACUCGCGUCGAUUGGCCUGAUCUACUGCGUCAUCUCGCCCUUGAUCAUGGUGUUCAACGUGCUCACCUUUGGCCUGUUUUGGUUUGUCUACCGGUACAACACCCUCUACGUGACCAAAUUCCGAUUCGACACGGGCGGGCUGUUGUUCCCUCGGGCGAUCAACCAUCGCCUGAUCGGCCUCUUCUUCCUCGUCCGCGACGUGGAUGGCACCGUUGCCUGCGAGGGUCAAGCGAUCUGUAUGAUCGUCGUUCUCGUCCUCACCAUCGGAUAUCAGAUCUUGCUGAAUGAGGCCUUUGGGCCGCUGAUCCGAUAUCUGCCCAUCACGCUGGAGGAUGAUGCUGUUCGUCGGGAUGAGGAGUUUGAGCGCGCUCAACGGACACGACUUGGGCUGGCCCGCGAUGAUGACGAAUCGGAUGUCGUCGAGCCUCGGUGGCCCUCAGAACGACAACCGAGCGGAUUAACGCCCGAGAUUGAAAUGAAGCAGAUCGAGUCCGACGCGGGGCGGGGGACCAGCCAGAGAGAGGUCAGCCCGGCGCGCUUGAUGCCUAGGCGCCAAUCAUGGGUCGAUCGGUCUCCAAACCAACGAUCGAAGUACUUUGGGAAUAGCUCAAGUACGUCGGUCCCGACUAUACAGCGUAUCCAAGAAGAUAUGGCGGAGGAUGCGGAGUCUCAAGACCCCUCUCCGCAUCGAGCAGGCCGCGCGCUGUUUGCCGGAAUUCAGGACGAGCUCGAAGAUCUGACGCCCGACGAGCGCGAUCAACUGGUCCAACGAGCCUUCCAGCACGACGCCCUCCGUGCCAAACGACCGGUGAUCUGGAUUCCCCGCGAUGAUCUGGGAGUCAGCGACGACGAGAUCUACCGCACGCAACGAUUCAGCAAGCAUAUCUGGAUCAGCAACGAAUACCAGGCGCUCGACGGCAAGUGCCGCACUAUAUUCAGCCGCAGUCCGCCAGAUUUCUCCGAGGUCGAUCUGAUCCAGCUUUAG